AGCCCCCCUCGACUUCCCCAAUGCCUCCGUGUGAUUUGUGUGCAUGUUUUUGUGCAUAUGAUCAAGAAUCUAGCAUGUGAAUGAGCAGCUCUUUCGAUAGUUUUCCAACCUUUCGUUUUAGAUAUAGCCAACCCUCUUAUUUGCAAUUAUUGCAUCUUGAGCUUGACACAAAAAAGAGACGCUUACUUUGAAGAGAAAGUAGCUAGUCGAUGACUUGUAUUCUUGCUGUGUUGAUGUGAUAGUAUGUGAUCAACACCGGGCGUAUUCUUCGUCAUUAUAAUUUAGAUUUAGUUAGUAUUGGAAUCUUCAAUACAUAAGACCCAGGUACCAAAAAAAAAUAUCAGACAGCAAUACAUGAAUGCGUGAAUACAUAAGAUCAGACUGGCAGUAUUAAAUUUGAAUUCAUGAUCUAGUGACUUUCCCACUUUUCUUCGUGAAGCAAGCAUAUAUUGUGAAGCAUACUUCCCUCGUCUAAGUGGUCCAAAAUUUCUAAGACAAUGAUUCCUUGGAACCCUCCCGCUGGUGGCGGCCAUGGGCAGGCCUGCUUCGCCUACGACGACCCUCGUCACGGUUCUCCGGCUAAUCUCUGGCUCAAAGAAUCUCUCUGUCACGACAUCGAGCUUUUCCUCCAACAGGAAAACUACCGUCAAAAGGGCAAACAGCUGUCGGACGACUACAUGGUUUACAGAAAGUAUGUGCACAAACUUCUCGAAAAGCCAGCUGGCGAUAUGUUUUCCGCGGAUGCCCAUGUUCGCUUAGAUGCAGCUAGACUAGCUUGUGAAGGCAGGUAUGCGAGUUGUCCGGACAGCAAUCGCGGAAUCUUUCGCAGAUGUUUGAACGACAUAGUGUUGUUGGGAAGACAAGAGUUGUCAGCAGCAGCACCUGGUGAUUUGGCUCCGAAAGGGUUGAAUGCGCCGAUGAUAUCUCAACAUGGAAGCGGUGGAAAUGGACACAUUUUUGGAGAGCACGGGGAAAUUGGAUUAAACGAGGAAAUUGGAAGUGAGCCACUUCAUAAUCCAGAAACCGACGUAGGCGUUCCGGGUGAUGUUCCUGGUAUCCCACUCGAAGCUCAAUCCCGACGUGCACCCGUUCAUCCGGCGGGUUCGACUGGUGGGAUGUCUAGACCCCAAUCUCGUGGCAGUUCUAGACCUGGCUCUAGACCUGGCACAGCCAGAGUAGGCGCAGCAAAUAGGAUGAUGAGAGUUGCGGCUGCACCGGUGACGCCUAAAAGUUUGAAAAGCAACAUCGAAGCUGCUGCUGCGUCCGCUGGAAAUGAUGCCAUUCCGCAUGAAACAGCCAGUGUUAUGAAAAUCGACACGGGAGGUCAAGCAAGAGCAGCUACAGCGACAAGCUUUAGUCAUAUACAAAAUGGAACAGGAGCCUCAAAUGGAACAGGAACUAACAUCAAUGCAACUGGCACUCAUCAAUCUCAACAAGUUCAAGUUCAAGGAAGACCGAGAGGACAAAGUGCGAAAAAGACUUUUUUCACCGGCACUGCUUCAAAUUCACGAGGGCCAUCUUCCAUGAUCAGUGGGGGUGAAAAAGGAAAUACAACCUCCUCCAACCUCCAAAUCAACCAAAUAGUCCAUCAGGAGCAUCCGAAAAACGUCAUCCGCCGAAAUUUCAUGGACCAAGGGAGGGCGGGGCGCUCGUCUCCUGCGCAGUUACUAGAAGAUGCGGAUGGCGUGAACGCUAAGUGGAUCGUUGGGGGUGCUGCCAAAACAUUGUGUCGCGGAAAGCGAGUCUUGAUGGUUGUAUCGCCUCCAGCCCCAAAUUAUUUGCCGUGCUUAGGCCUAGGUCCAACGAACAGUGUGCCGUUACCAGGGUGGCCACCGCAGAUCAAUAUGUAGUUCUACCUAGCUUGUGGGAUGGAGACGGAAGUUCUGGACUCAAGAAAGAGGAACGUUGAAUAGGCUCCACCAGGAACAGGCGACUGUGCCCUUGAAUGAGGCCACGAAGCUCUCUGGAACGUUACUGCUACACUGUAUGGAACGGUUUCGACUUAAUUCCCUAGGGUCUGCUCUCAAGGUUGAUUUGCCAGGUCAAACCGGAGACAAACGACAUGACAUGAGUAGGCACCGGCGCAGUGUCAUCUCUUCAGGUAGGUACCGCGAUAGUGUGCAGUAGGCUGUGAUGAGAUGAAACAUAUAUUUGCAUGGGGUUUUUUCGAAAGAGAGAGGAACAUUAUGCAUUUGCAUUUGGGGAGGCAACAUAGAAAGAUACGAUUUACAACGUGGGAGAUAUUUUUGGCCACUCUUGUGUACUUGAUUAGGUACACGCAAAUACUAGUUUGAAAGAGUUAUGACAUAGCAAUGACUAUGACACUAGCAUGCAUCAUGAACGAUAGCCAACUUUGCUAUCGCUGUCAAGAUUAGAUAGGUGAUUUACAACUGAUUUCUUUUGUACAUACAUCCUCUGUACAUGGAUUGUGGCAGCGUCGUCGUCCAUCGUCCUUAUUGACUUCUGAUGAUAGCGGUCACAC